AUGCUGUCAACAAGAUUUGAACUUUGUUUAGAUUUCAUUGUUUUAUUUCGGGCUCCAACGCCAAAUCGAUUUCAUUUCGUCAAUUUAUUCGUUAUGUCUAUCGAUUCAAUGAAUGAACAACUAAGUGCUGAACUUACGGAACUGGCCAUUCGACAAGUAGAAGAGCCGGAUAAUCUAAAUAUUCUCAGCGAAAUGAAGACACCCAGAUGCAUCAAUCCAACAACGGACCUGAUAGGAUUCCCGGUGACGGAUUUGAAUUGGAUUCCGUUGGUUCGGUUAGAACAAAUCAAAGAUAAUAAAUCGGAUGAACAAGUGAUGGCCAGUAGUAUUAGGAGCAACGGAAACGACAAUGGAACGGCAAAUGUAGUUGAGAAAUUGUAUUGCAGUGGUUGGUGGAAAGAAAAUCCAAGAAAUCCAUGUUUCGGGUCCGACGAGAUCCGACGUGGGAUCCGAUCGGAUCCGAGACCGUCGGAAUCCAAUGCGAUUCCGUCACCCGGAUUUCAUCGGAUCCGUCGAAUUCCUGUAGGAUCCGAUAAAAUUCUGUAUUGGAUCCGAUGGGAUCCGGUGGGAUCCGAUUUAAAACAAGAACCGGCCGAUCCGAGAAAUAGCACUGUUCGCGCUCUUCAUUAUGGUUCAGCGGGAAACAGCCUAGCAGAAUUUGAUAUCAAUAAAUAUUCGUCAACUUUAUCUUUUAGUAUUACAAUAUCUGAUUUACCUGAUUGA